AUGAUCGUGCUGCUCCAUGCAUACCGCCUGGGGUUCAGCGCGUGGCAGACCGCCGUGAUGUUCACGCUGUACGAGGUGGCGGGCGUGGUGACCAACCUGCUGGCCGGACUGAUGGGCGCCAAAUGGGGCAUCAAGACGACACUGCUGACGGGCUUGACGCUGCAGCUGGCCGGCAUAGGCAUGUUAUUUGGCUGGCGCUCGGAGUGGUCGACCCCUGAGUACCAGGGAACCGCCAUCAUCUUCGUAACGGUGGCCCAGAUGCUGUGCGGCGUGGCGAAGGACCUCACCAAGCUCGGCGGCAAGACCGUCACAAAGCUAGUCACGCCGGAUGAGCAGCAGGUGGGUGGCCCCACGGCUGCACACCUGGAGGUGCAGAGCCGGUUGUUCAAGAUUGUGUCUUUCAUCACCGGCUUCAAAAACAGCAUGAAGGGUGUGGGCUAUUUCAUCGGUGCCGCCGCGCUGACCUACAGCUACUACUUUGCCCUGGGCAUCCUGCUCGCCCUCAUCGUCGCCGCCAUGCCCUGGGCCGCGGUCGGGCUCAGCAACCAGCUGGGCCGCGCCCGCAAGGAGAACAUCACGCUGCGCACGCUGCUGCUGCAGCGCCACAACGUCAACGUGCUCAGCGCCGCGAGGUUCUUCCUGUUUGGCUGCAGGGACAUGUGGUUCGAGGUGCCCCUGCCCUUCUUCCUGCGGGACGCGCGGUACGGCUUUGGCUGGGAGCGCGUGGUGGUCGGGGCGGUGCUGGCGGCAUUCAUCAUUGGAUACGGCCAGGUCCAGUCCUGGACGCCUCAGGCCGUGCUGCAGCCGCUGCGCCAGUCCCCCGCCAACAAGUACGUCGCCCUGCUCUGGAACGCCGCCCUGGUGCUGUGCCCCGCGUACCUGGCGGCGGUGCUGCUGGGUAGCAACAUCUACAGCGGGCGCGACAUGCCGGCCAUGAUCGGGACGUUCAUCCCGGGGCUGGCGGCGUUCUGCGUUGUUUUCGCCGUCAACUCCAGCGUGCACAGCUACCUGAUCGUGCGCUAUGCCGAGGGCGACAAGGUGGCCAUGAACGUGGGCUUCUAUUACAUGGCUAACGCCAUGGGACGCCUCACAGGCACGCUGGCAUCCGGCGCCCUGUACACGUUCACGGGCGCCACCCUGGUGCAGGGCUUUGGCCACUGCUUCCUCGCGUCCACGGCGUUUGCGGCCGUGUCGACGCUGAUCACCACAUUGAUUCGGGACGACAAAGGCGGCCUGGCCUGCGGCGCGUGCCUGCAGCUCGUGGCGCCGCCCCGCGACACAGCUGAGGCUGCUUCAGUGGCAAAGAUCGCGCGCCCUGACAGUGGCAUCAGCAAGGGACCUGUGCACAGUAGGAGCAAGGCGGCCGCGACAGUGGCCUUUGGCUUGAAGCUGCUGGCAGAGCCUGCAUCCAUUUGA